CUGGGGAAGGAGAAGCGGAUCCUACAGGAGCUGGGAGAGACUGUACAAUCUACCUCAGUCUGUCUGUGGGAGAUGAAAAGGGACAAAUAACGCUGAGGAACUUUUAUCCCACUCGCUCCGGUGCAGCUGCUUGUUCUGUCGGGAGAGCGCGGACGCAACUUGGAUCGCACGUGCAUGUUUUUACAAAAACCUCCUGCAGUAAAACAGUAGAGAAACUACAUCUCUUAAAAAAAACAACACGGAGACCACCGGAGUGCUGCGGAGCCACGACCCCGUCUGUCAGCGUCCCGGAGCCCCCCCACCUGAAAUCUGUGCACCCGCUCGGGAAGCGAAGGAGCCGCUCGACGGAUACAAGCACCAGAGGGGGAGAUGUUCGCGACUCGCUGGAGGACUUUUUAAAAAAUCCAAACACACGCUAACGCCACGCACGCUUUAAAAAAAAAAACUGAAUUAAGUUAGCGCUCGGCUUCUUUUUUUAUUUACAUUAAUUCACCUCCCCCCCCAGCGCGGGUGCAACUUCUCUCCAUUUUUAUACACGUGUGCAUUGUUACGUGAUUUUUUUAAUUUAACACGGUUGGAAAAAAAAGCUGUGCAAACUUCUCUCUCUCUCUUUCUCGUGGCCUGGACGGGAGUGGUGGAGCCAGGCUAGGCGGCUAGCAGCUAGCUAGGUGGCUAGCUCCGCGGCUAGCACUGACGUUAGCCUGCGCGCGGCUUUGUUUAUUUUGUUGCUCUUCUUUUCGCCCCCCCACUCGGACAAACUCAACCGGGACAACCUGACAUUGAAACACAUCAAACAGAGGAGCCGUGCGUUUGCAUGUGGGUGUGUGCGUGCGUGCUGCUGCGUGUCCACGGUGCCCCCCCCACACUCCUCCCUCCUCCUCCACAUGAGGUGGCUAGCUUUAGCAGCGGUAGCCGGAGCGCUAGCUUGCGUCUGACCCGAACACGUUGGAGUCGAUCCUCCGCCCAUCUUCCGGGAUGUCUUUUAUUUAUUUUUGUUUACCUGUUGGCCCACGCCACCAAACAAAACCAGUCUCCUGAAGGUGUCUCUCCUCCAUUUUGAGCUGUCCUCCUCUUCCAAAGGGGGCCACCGAGCUGUUUUGACCCGGGACAGGAGCUGAAUGGUGUCUCAUACCGAGUCAGUGAUGUGUCCCCGGACUUUGUGUUUUGUUUUGACCGCUGUCUGCUUCGUGGUGAGCUGUCAUCGAGCGACUGGAGAGAUUUGUGUAAGCAAGGACAUCCGCAACAAUGUGACCAACAUGCAGACGCUGGAGAACUGCACUGUGAUCGAAGGCCACCUGAAGAUCCUGCUCAUGUUCAAGACCAAGCCAGAGGAUUUCCACGGCCUCAGUUUUCCAAAGCUCAGAGUGAUCACAGACUAUCUGUUGCUCUUCAGGGUUUACGGCCUGGAGAGUUUCAGUGAUCUCUUCCCCAACCUGACAGUCAUCAGAGGCAACAACUUGUUCUUCAACUACGCCCUAGUGUUGUUCGAAAUGCUGCAGCUGCGAGAGAUUGGCCUCCACAGCUUGAUGAACAUCACCCGAGGUGCCGUGAGAAUCGAGAAGAACCCAGACCUCUGCUACCUCUCCACUCUGGACUGGUCCAAGAUCCUGGACACGGUGGAGGACAACUACAUCAUGGCCAACAAGAACGACAGAGAGUGUGGAGACGUGUGCCCAGGGGCGGCCCUCGGGAAGACCACCUGCCAGACGACAACAAUCAAUGGACACUUCAGUGAACGCUGCUGGACGCAGAACCAAUGUCAAAAAAUGUGUCCUGUUCAGUGCAAACACCGGGCCUGCACUGAGGACUACCAGUGCUGCCACGACCAGUGCCUGGGCGGCUGCCGCGAGCCCAACUCAGCCAGUCACUGUGUGGCCUGCCGCGGCCUCCAGCUCGAGGGUGACUGUGUGGAACGCUGCCCCGCCGAAACCCAUCUCACCUUCAAGGGCUGGCGCUGUGUCACAUUCGCCUUCUGCCAGGAUCUCCACAACAAAUGCAAGCGGGAAAAGGAGCGCAAAAAGAACCCCGACUGCUACGAGUAUGUCAUCCACAACGGGGCCUGCGUCGCCGACUGUCCCUCCGGCUACACCACCGUCAACUCCUCCUCAUUGUUGGUUGAUUACCAAUCGGUGGCGUCUUCAUUGCCGCAUACAAGCUAUAGCCUCAACUGUAUGCCCUGUGCAGGGCUCUGUCCUAAGGUGUGCAUGGGCCUGAAAACUGUGGACUCUGUCACUGCUGCCCAGGCUCUGAAAGGCUGCACUGUUCUCAAUGGAAGCAUGGUCAUUAACCUGCGCGGAGGAAACAACAUAGCAGCUGAACUGGAAGCCAGUCUGGGGCAGCUGGAGGAGAUCACUGGCUACCUGACAGUGCGACGUUCCUACGCCCUUGUGUCACUCUCGUUUUUCCGCAAACUGCGUGUUAUUCGUGGAGAGGAACAGGAAAGCGGGAAUUACUCCUUUUAUGCACUGGACAAUCAGAACCUGCGGCAGCUCUGGGAUUGGUCCAAACACAAGCUCACCAUCCUGAAGGGGCGCAUGUUUUUCCUCUACAACUCCAAACUCUGCAUGUCUGAGAUCCGCAGUAUGGGAGAGGUCACAGGAACCAAAAGUCGGCAGCAGAAAAUGGACGUCGCCACCAAGACCAAUGGAGACCAGGCCUCAUGUGAGAACCACCUGUUGAAGUUUACCCAGGUCCGAACCAUGAGCGAUAAAAUAAUGGUGAAGUGGGAAGCCUUCUGGCCUCCGGACUACAGAGACCUGCUGGGAUUCAUGGUGCUGUACAAAGAAGCACCAUUCCAGAACGUAACCGAGUUUGAUGGGCAGGAUGCCUGCGGCUCCAACAGCUGGGUGAUUGCUGACGUGGAUCCUCCAGAUCGAGCUGCAGAGGGGGAAAAAGAGCAGUUUGAACCAGGUCAUCUCAUCCUGCCACUGAAGCCCUGGACACAGUACGCCAUCAUGGUGAAAACUCAACUCUCAGCCUCCGAUGAGCACCAGGUUAACGGAGCCAAGAGCGAGAUAAUGUACAUCCGCACCAAUGCCACCAAACCCUCUGUCCCGCUGGACGCCAUUUCCUCAUCCAACUCCUCGUCUCAGAUCAUCCUCAAGUGGAAACCUCCCAAUGACCCCAACGGCAACAUCACUCACUACCUGGUCUUCUGCCAGCGUCAACCUGAAGCCAGCGAGCUCUACAAGUUUGACUACUGUCAAAAGGGGAUGAAGUUGCCAUCGCGGGUGCCCACGCAGGUGGACAGUGACGAGGAGCACAAGUGGAACCAGACGGAGGAGCAGGGCCCGGGGACACGAUGCUGCGCCUGCCCCAAAACAGACAAGGAGCUCAAGAAAGAGAAAGAGGACUCAGAGUACCGCAAAACCUUUGAGAACUACCUGCAUAAUGAAGUCUUUGAGAUCAAACGCUCGAGACAGCGGCGCGCUGUGAUGGGAAUCGCCAACCACACGAACCUCUUCCUCACCACCGCCCCCAGCCCGCCAGAGGGCACACGCACCCCCAACGGCGAGGACGAGGAAAACUUCGUAAGCAUCAAGACGGUGGUCACCGUCCACGCCAAAGAGUCCACUGUCAUCUCCAACCUGCGGCACUUCACCAGCUACCAGAUUGAGAUCCACGCCUGCAACGACCCAAAAGACCCGGCCCGCUGCAGCAUGGCAGCGUACGUCAGCGCCCGCACGAUGCCCGAAGACAAGGCCGAUGACGUCGUGGGUCCCAUCAGCUACGAGGUGACGGAGAACUCGGUACACAUCACUUGGCUGGAACCUAAAGCUCCUAAUGGAAUGAUCAUCCUGUACGAGGUCAACUACAAGAGGCUGGGAGACACUGAGGAGCUGCAUUACUGCGUGUCGAGGAACAUGUACAAAGUGACCCAAGGUUGCAAGCUGAAAGUGAUGCAUCCUGGGAACUACACGGUUAGGAUUCGAGCCACGUCCCUGGCCGGGAACGGAUCCUGGACCGAGCCCACAUAUUUCUACGUCCAGGACGCAAGCGACCCUCUCUACAUCGUAAAGAUCGUCAUUGGACCGGUCAUCUGUUUCAUCCUGUUGCUGUUUGUGACCGUGACAGGAUUUUUCUUGUUCAAGAAGAAUCAAACUCAAGGGCCAAGUGGUCCCAUCUACGCUUCUUCUAACCCAGAAUACCUCAGUGCUAAUGAUGUGUACGAGGAGGACGAGUGGGAGGUGGGCCGAGACAAGAUCGCCAUUUUGAGGGAACUGGGUCAGGGCACAUUUGGCAUGGUCUACGAGGGCAACGCCAAGGACAUCAUAAAGGGCGAGUCACAAACACUCGUAGCCGUGAAGACGGUGAACGAGUCCGCGAGCCUCAGGGAGCGGAUCGAGUUCCUGAACGAAGCCUCGGUCAUGAAGGCCUUCACUUGCCACCAUGUGGUGCGUCUGCUGGGUGUCGUGUCUAAGGGCCAGCCCACGCUGGUGGUGAUGGAGCUGAUGACCCACGGAGACCUGAAGAGCUACCUGCGCUCUCUGCGGCCUGAUGCUGAAAACAAUCCAGGGAGUCCCCCCCCAACUCUGAAGGAGAUGAUCCAAAUGGCCGCUGAGAUCGCAGACGGCAUGGCUUACCUGAACGCCAAGAAAUUUGUCCACAGGGACCUGGCUGCCAGGAACUGCAUGGUGGCUACCGACUUCACCGUCAAAAUAGGAGACUUUGGUAUGACAAGAGACAUCUAUGAGACGGACUACUACCGCAAAGGAGGGAAGGGUCUCCUGCCCGUCAGGUGGAUGGCACCGGAGUCUCUGAAGGACGGAGUCUUCACUGCAAAUUCAGACUGCUGGUCAUUCGGGGUCGUGCUGUGGGAGAUCAGCACGCUGGCCGAGCAGCCGUACCAGGGCCUGUCCAACGAGCAGGUCCUCAAGUUUGUCAUGGACGGAGGCUACCUGGACCGACCGGACAACUGCGCUGACAGACUACACAACCUGAUGCAGAUGUGUUGGCAGUACAACCCCAAGAUGCGCCCGGCCUUCCAGGAGAUCAUUGAGAUGCUGCGGGAGGACCUGCAUCCUUCCUUCCAGGAGCUCUCCUUCUUCUACAGUGAGGAGAACAAGCCGCCCGAGAGCGAGGACUUUGACCUGGACAUGGAAAACAUGGAGAGCAUCCCGCUGGACCCGUCGUCCUACUCCCAGAGGGAGCAGUGCUCGGACAGGGACGAGGCCUCUUCCAUGGGCCUGAGGGGCAGUUACGAGGAGCACCACAUCCCCUUCACACACAUGAACGGGGGAAAGACCAACGGACGAAUACUGGGCCUGCCGCGGUCCAGCCCCUCCUAACAUACUACACACAUCCCGCGCAAAAACACAUCAACGCUAUAGAUUUAAAUAUAUUUUUGUCUUUUGUUGCCAUUUUAUAUAGAUCUCACUUUUAUCACACUCUCCUCAGACGCCGCUCAGUGCAAAUCUCAGGACCUUAUUUUUCUCCUCAGAUGCCACAAACACACACUACAGCAAGUUCUCACACGGACGGCAGAAGACACUUUUUUGUAUUUAAGGAUGAAUCUCCAAUGUCUUUCUUGUUAAUGAUUUUGGUUAAUAUAUUGUAUGUAUAUAUAUAUAUAUAUAUAUAUACACACAUAUAUAUAUUGCCAAGUUUGUGCUCGACUGGGCGGAUAAUGGAUUCAACUGUGAAACAAACUCUUGACAAACAAGAAGGCUGCUAAACCCACUGUCCCUCCCCGAGUCCAGACUGUGCCCCCCCCCCCCCCCCCCCAGCCCCCCAGAUUCAACACGAGGGUUCAAUCCCAGAUCGCUAAGUCUUGAAAAAAAGUGCCCUUCUAUUUUGUCUGUGGCCUACAUCAGUUGUCAUGGAACUGUUUGUGAAUCUUUGUACACAAGUGGACGACGAACUGAAAAAUGAAAAGGCUUGGGGAACUUUUGUGUCGGAUUGGUCCAAGACUGGUCCUCGAACAAACUCUGAUCCACUGGAGAAGCUGGUUGAAGUGGCUUACCUCCUCACACUCUGCAGUAUUCCAAAAUGGCUCCCAGGAUAAACACAGGACUUUUUGUCUGGUUCUUUUUUUUUAUUUAUUUACCUGUCUUUACUUUUCUCCCUUUUUUUGAGUUUUCACAUUUACAGCUGAAGGAUAUUUAAACCGUUUUCAAAAACAUGUUGGCGAACGAGUUCCUCAGAUUGACCAAUAGCUGCUUCUUUGGUAUAUUUUAAGUGGGUAUAGAAGAUGAAAUAUAUAUAUAUAAAUAUAUUAUUGUUGUUUUUGUACAUAGCCGAUAUGUUGUCAUUCUUGAGGUAUUUCCGGUCCUAGAAAAUGUUUUUACAUGUUAGUCUCUUAUGUUUAUUUUUUUCUAAUCCAGAAAAAUCAUACUAAUUAGCUUUAUUUUUGUUUUUCGGACUCAUGAUCAACCAACAGCACUUGGUCUUUUCUCGCUAUGCGAUGCCCGGGAGAAGAAGCGUUCUGGCGUAUUCGGCUUCAGAUGUCUGCCCAUCAUAUCAAGAUCAAAUAAAAUAGUGCUGUAAAUAUUGCAGCAAGGUGCAUUCGUGAAGAGGCUCUGCCAGCGCGUCAGUGUUUCCACGUGUAUUCAGUCGGGGUUCAUAAGAAUUUUUUGGACGAUGACGUAACUGUUGCUUUUUUCUCCCUGUGCACCAACACAAUGCAUUUGAAAAGAAGCCAUUCAGAUGUGACUGUAAACGUGUAAACUUUGAGCUUUAAUUCAAGGGUUUUAACAAAAAAUAAAAAAUAUAUGAACUUUUCA